AUGGCUCCUUUCACUCCUCGAGGAGGCGGCCGUGGUGGUCGUGGCGGCGCUCGUGGAGGCCGCGGUGGUUUCGGCGGUGAUCGCGGCGGCUUCGGUGGUCGUGGUGGUGCGCGCGGUGGACGAGGUGGUGGCCGUGGUGCUUCCCGUGGCGGUCCUCGCGGUGGCGGCCGAGGUGGUCCUCGUGGUGGUCGCGGCGGUGCUGGUGCUGGCCAGCGAGGCGGUGCCAAGGUCAUUGUUGAGCCUCACCGUCACCCCGGCGUCUUCGUCGUCCGUGGUGGUAAGGAAGAUGGUCUUGCUACCCGCAACACAACACCUGGCGAGUCUGUCUACGGCGAGAAGCGCAUCUCUGUCGACGAGUCUGUCCAGAACGACGAUGGCACCACUACCACCACCAAGAUCGAGUAUCGCAUGUGGAACCCAUUCCGAAGCAAGCUUUGCGCUGCCAUCGCCGGUGGUGCUGAUGAGAUCUACAUCAAGCCCGGCUCUCGUGUCCUCUAUCUUGGUGGUGCCUCCGGUACCUCUGUCUCUCACGUCGCUGACAUUGUCGGUCCUACUGGCUACGUCUACGCUGUCGAGUUCUCUUCCCGAUCUGGCCGUGAUCUCAUCACCAUGGCCUCCAAGCGACCCAACGUUGUUCCCAUUGUUGAGGACGCCCGCCAGCCUGCCCGUUACCGCAUGAUCGUCCCCAUGGUCGAUGUCAUCUUUGCCGAUGUUGCCCAGCCCGAUCAGGCUCGUAUUGUCGCCAUGAACGCCAACUGGUUCCUCAAGGUUGGCGGUGGUGUUCUCAUCUCCAUCAAGGCCAACUGUAUCGACAGCACUGCUCCCGCUGCUGAAGUCUUCGCCAACGAGGUCCAGAAGAUGCGAGCUGAGUCCAUCAAGCCCAAGUUCCAGCUUACCCUGGAACCCUUCGAGCGUGACCAUUGUUUGGUUGCCGGUGAGUACCAGCGCUACAAGUCCUAG